AUGCAUCUUCUCCGCUUCUUUAGUGUGGCUGCUGUCACAGCCUCUAUGGCAUUGGCUCUGCCUGCUGAAAUCCCUCAAGUUGCAACCUCGGAGCUUCAAAUUGUACCAGCUGCUGAAGCCUUGGCCAAUCUACCUCCCGCGGAUGAUGUUUUUGUGCGCAAUACCCCUGGGGACGUCUCUACGAAGAGCUCUAGCUACGAAUCUGAGUCUAAAGCUCUUGCAAUCUGUGCUAGCCCUACCCGCAAAAACAUUUUCACGAUUACUCUCCGCAGUACUCGUGCUAUCUUUAAUGGCGCCAUUAAUUGGGCUAUCAAAGCAUACCUGGAUAGUCAAAACGGCCCCAGCGCUUUCCAUAUGACUCCCUUGGAGUCCCACUACUAG